AUGAUCGAGCUCGUGCUCUUUGGAGUGUUCGUUCUUGUCACGCAAGCGAUCCUGCUCUGUGGAAGAAAGAAGGCCGGUGCAGAAGCUGGAGCUGAAUCAGCGGAACCCGCGUCUGAAAAGAGUGCUACUGAUGCUGAUGAGAAAGGAAAGACCGAACGCGUGCUAGACAAGUCCAAACUGAAUCCAUUCAUCAACAACAUGCAAAUCGCCGUCCGUGAUCCCAUUAUCAACCGUGCGAUGCAACUUGAACUCGAGAUGCAGGAGAAGCAGACGACCGACAAGCCAUUCAGAAACAUCAUCCGAGCCAACAUUGGCGACUCCGAGGCAAUGGAACACAGCAGUAUGACCUUCAAUAGACAGGUAGGUCUCACAGAAGAGACACUUCAGGAAGAGAAAUAG